AUGUCCACCCACCCCCCUUCUUUCGUAUCAUCUCCCACACCAUCCCCAACCAUGGUCCAACUUCCCUUCAGCACCCCCGUCGCCAACGUCCUCCGCUUUCUCGUCAUCGAGUAUCUCAUCAUCAAGCUUCUCCACUACUGUAUCGAAGGCUUAUCCUCCCUCAUCGCCAAAAACCGUCUCCGACGCGGCGAAAACGUCCAAAUCGCUGACGGACUAAUCACAUUCUUCCACGUCCCCUAUCGCCUUCGCGAGCGCAAACUCUUCCACUUUUUUUUCCCAUGGGUUAUCGUCAUCCUCCUCAACGCCUUCCUUAUUUCUGUAGAGUUUGGCUUUUCCAGCACUCAGGAGCUCAAGAACCUUCCCCCCCUCGAAAUAACUACCUCCCAGGAGAUGCCCCCACCCACUCUGACCGCCUCCCGUUCAAUGCAAGGCGUCUCGCCCCGCCGAUGGAUCGACAGGCUUGCGCGCUUGCAGACCGCCUGCGUUCAAAGGCAAGAGAAACACCGCCUUCGCAUUUAUGCAUCCGCAGGCUUCAUAACAGACGAGUUCGUCCGCAACGACUCGGCCUUGUUUUUCAGUGCCAAGCCCACAUGUGCUGAUGACGGCGAGUUCAAGCCCAAACUUCCGGCAGUCCUUUUUGACGUGUCCUAUUCGGGUUUGGACGACGUUGAGGAACCGUUCAGUUUUGCAUUCGCCAACCUCACCGUCAAUGAAAUUCUCGAUGUUAAUCUCGGUUUUCGCGACGAAGAUGUGGAUAUGCAAGUCUCUGGCGAACUAGAUUUGUCUCAGGGCUAUUAUAACCAGGGGGACUUUGUUAAAUCCGUUUCCGGGGUGUGCACCGUGGACCGUAACGCUGACCUGUUAGAUCCUAAAGAUAGCCCGCAUGUGUAUUGCUACCUCACUGACGGUCAGGACUACCGCUUCAUCGUACCGGGAUUCAUGGUACUUUCUACGUAUGACGGAAAGCUGCGCGAGAUGGAGGCUGGCGACCGUCUUCGAGUCUUUGGCUGGGAUGGGGUUUUCCGGGCAAAAUUCCUUCCGGAUCUCGAUGAUGACCGAGGCGAGGCCAUGGACGGAGACCACCUGGCGGCGAUCAAGACCUUUGCCGUUUCGUAUGGAACAAGGGGAAGGUUGACGUACGCGACGAUGUCGCUAGCGCUCUCGCCGGCGAUACGAACGUUUAGCGGGGCGACGCUGUAUGGUAUCACACAACUGGAGAGAAGGGACGUUUUGAGGGUGGAGAGUCAAGAACCUGUUCGUGGGCCUGAGCGGGCUGAGGUGAGUUCUUGGGCUUUGGUGGUGCUUUGCGUGCUGGUCGCCCUGACGGGAGCCGGAGCGGCAGCAUUAUCUUUGAUGAAGAGGCGGACGAGGACGGAAGGGGUGCCCGUGACCUAUAGUAGCUUGGCAGCAAAGAUGAUGGAGAGGUUGGACAUCCGGGACGCAGCGGGGCUGACUUGCACGGCACUGGACGAUGGGAGCGGGGUUCGGAGAGUGGCAUUUGUGGAAGAUAUGGCUGCGGGCAAGGGGGGUAGUAGCGAGGGCAAGGGGGGUAGUAGCGAGGGCAUGGGUAGUAGCGAGGGCAUGGGUAGUGACCCGCGAUUUCAUUGA